UCUCGUGCAAAAGAAACACCAGAUCUUAAAUCGGCUAUAAAAGCAAUUAAUGCAAUCGCUAGCAAUUGGUGUGGCUAUACUGUUAAAAGCAAUCGAAAAAAAAUUGGGCCUAAAGAACUGCGAAUUUGGAAAUAUUUAUACAAAAUUAAUCGCCAACCAUAUAAUGGUACUGGUUUUGGAGAUAAAAGUACACCAGAACUUCCACCAUAUUGGCUAAAUACAGAUAACAAGGUCCAGGAACUCUUUGAUUCUAUAAGAUAA